UUCAUUAUAAUGGUGAAUUAUUUAAAUAUAUUUAAUAUUUGUGGUGAAAGUAUUUGGUUUGAUUUUUAUUGACCAGUUUAAAAUUGAAUGCGAAAUAUUGCAUAGGUAAUAGGUAACAAUUUUUGGCAUAACUAGGCGAGCGAGCUUAGAAUUUGUGUCAAUCAACCCAGCAAAGUUUGCACAGUAAUAUUUACUCUCAUCGCACAUUAUCUCUGUUUUAAUAUAAUAUAAAAGUUAUAUUUAUAUUAAAAUCACAAUGGAAUCAAAUGGUCAAGAAACUAGUGUUGCUCCAGUUCCAGUCCAAACUCCGUCUCCGGCUCCAGCCGAAGCUCCGUCUCCGGCUCCAGUCGAAGCUCCGGAGUCGGCUACGGCCGCAGCUCCAGCUUCAGUUCAGGCUCCGACUUCAACAACCACAGAUUCCGCAUUAAGGAAAAUAUUCGUGGGUGGCCUCAGCCAAGACACCACGGAAGUCCACAUCAAAGAAUACUUUUCCAAGUACGGAAGCAUCGAAGCCAUCCGCCUCAAAACCGACCCCAACACCGGCAACUCCAAAGGCUUCGCCUUCGUCGUGUUCGCCAGUCCCGAACCGCUGGAGGCCAUCUUCGCCAAAAGUGAACACACUAUCAACAACAAAAAAGUGGACGUGCAAAAGGCCAACAUCAAAGAGGGCAAACUGUUCGUCGGCGGCAUAACCGCCGAGAUGUCUGAGGAUGAAAUCAAAGAGCAUUUCGGCCAGUUCGGCAAGGUCAUCAAGGCCGAGUUCCCCAUCGACAAAACCAAAAAUCAACGUAAGGCGUUCUGCUUCAUCACCUUCGAGUCCGACUCGUCCGUCAACCAGAUAGCCAGGACCAAAAAGCAGACUAUCAAAGGCAAAGAGGUGGACGUCAAGAAGGCGUUGUGCCAGGACAAAGCUUUCGGAAACGGUUUUGCGCCCAACAACGGGCAUUUUGCCGGCGGACGCGGACGUGGUGGCCGAGGGAGGGGCUUCCAGGGCCGCCGCGGUGCGUUUAUGCCGAGAGGUAACCAGAUCAGUGCGCAGGUCCAAGGAAACGGAUGGACCAGUUUCGGAGAUUGUGGUGGGAACUAUCUCGAUUUCGGGUACGAUCAAGGUUUUGGCGGGAACGGUGCAUGGAAUGGUCAAGGAUAUGGAGGCUACGUCAAUGGUACUGCCAACGGAGGCAUUCCCAAACCGAAGGCAUCUCAACAAAGAUUCCAGCCAUACUAAAUUGUAUAGUGCUUCUCACUGAGUUAUUGAUUUUAGUUUCUUAUGUUUAAUAUGCUUCUUAAAAGAAGAUGAAACGUAUCAAUAAUUUUAAAUAUGUGCAUGUUGAUAUAAUUUAUACAUAAACUGUUGUGAUCCCAACCAUGUAAAAACAUUCUUCUUAGAAGAAUGUUAUAAUAAUAUUUGUGGGUUAAUUUUAUAUUUAAUUACUGUAAACCCGCUGUU